CCGACUGUCUCUUUUUAUGGUCAGAAUUGUCAAAUUAGAAGCUAUUACAUCUUCUUUAUAGUCAAAAAGAAAUGAUUCAUUCAUAAUUUUAAGCUAUCACGUCUUCUUUAUAGUCAAAAAGAAAUGAUGAAUUCUCAAAAGACUCUUCUUGGUUCAGUUUCAAGAAUCAAAGGAAUCGCAAAAUGGAAGAAGAAAACCUUUCUUUGUACGCCAUGAUCCUAUCAAGCUCCUCUGCUCUUCCUAUGAUUCUGAAGACAGCAAUAGAUCUUGGCCUCUUCGACAUCCUAUCCGAAUCUGGCCCUUCUUCUCCCCUCUCUGCUUCUCAGAUCAUGUCUCUCUUGUCUACUCAAACACAAAAACAACACGAUUCAACUUUACUCAAUCGGAUUCUUCGAUGUUUAGCGAGCUAUUCCAUACUCACGUGCUCUGUUUCCACUGACCAAGGUGAGCCACGUGAGGUCUACCGCUUAGCUCCUGUUGCCAAGUACUUCACCAAGAACCGAGACGGAGGUGGCUCGUUGGCUCCGUUGGUUAAUCUGUUUCAGGACAAGGUCGUGACUGACAUCUGGUACGACCUUAAAGACUGUGUUCUUGAAGGAGGACUUCCAUUCAACAAGGCUCAUGGUGCAAGUGCAGCCGAGUUGGUAGGCAGAGAUUCUAGAUUCAGAGAAGUGUUCCAAAGCUCCAUGAAAGGUUUCAAUGAAGUUUUCAUGGAAGAAGUUGUGAAUAAGUACAAGGGCUAUGAUGGUGUGAAUUCGCUGGUGGAUGUUGGUGGUGGAGAUGGCUCUAUUCUCCGUAAAAUAAUCUCCAAGCAUCCUCACAUCCUCAAAGCUAUUAACUUUGAUUUGUCCUCUGUUAUCAAAAACACUUCAUCAGCUUCUCCAGGCAUUGAGAAUGUUGCUGGGGACAUGUUUACAAGCAUUCCUAAAGGAGAAGCCAUUUUCAUGAAGUGGAUGCUCCAUAGCUGGGACGAUGAGCAUUGCGUGAAGAUACUCAGCAACUGUUAUCAGUCGUUACCGUCAACUGGUAAGGUGAUUGUGAUCGAUAUGGUAAUCCCGGAUUUUCCAGGAGGUACACUCUUGGACAGAAGCUUGUUCCAGUUUGAGAUGUUCAUGAUGAGCAUGAACCCAUCUGGGAAAGAAAGAACAAAGAAAGAAUUCGAGGUCUUAGCUCGCCUCGCUGGAUUUUCUAGUGUCCAAGUUCCAUUUACAUCUCUCUGUUUCUCUGUUGUGGAAUUCCACAAGACUUUGUGAUAUGUACUUGUAUUAAAUAAAUUGAAGAAAAGGUUCACAUCCC